GAGGAGACAGCUGCAUGUGCUUCCUCUGCCUGCACUCUCCUCUCGCGUCCAGUAGGGGCGCACUGUGACCAUGGCGCGUCGCAUCCAGCACACCGUGGAACGCGAAGGAGCCAGCUCCCGGCCUAGCAGGCCCUGACUGACUCUCUGCCGUUGCCUAGGAGACGUGACGUCGCCGCUCCCGCCUCCCACGCUGCUCUUCUGCAGCAGCAGCAACCAAGGCUGUGACUGUGAGCGGUGUCAGCCACGUCUGCUUCUGUACUACUACGGAGGGGGGGGCAGCAGAGUCACAGCGGCUUCUCGGGGCCUGCUCCAGGAUGUGGGGUGGCCGCCGUCUCCUCCUGCCCUGGCUGCUGCUGGUGAGCUGCACACAUCUGUCACCCGCAGGGGCCUGGGACAACGGGGACCUGGAGCUCUUUGACUUGGUGGAGGAGAUCCAGCAGAACUUCUAUCAGUUCCUGGGGGUGGAGCAGGAUGCUACAUCUGCUGACAUCCGAAAAGCCUAUCGCAAGCUCUCUCUAACUCUGCAUCCAGACAAGAACAAGGAGGAAAACGCAGAAACUCAGUUCCGAGAAUUGGUAGCGAUCUAUGAAGUGUUAAAAGAUGAAGAAAGGAGAGCAAGGUAUGAUGAUAUCCUUGUUAAUGGCCUCCCGGAUUGGCGGCAACCUGUAUUCUAUUACCGGCGGGUGAGGAAGAUGAGCAAUGCAGAGCUAGCAUUGCUUCUGUUCAUUAUUUUCACAGUGGGUCAUUAUGCUGUGGUUUGGUCCAUCUACCUGGAGAAGCAGCUGGAUGAGCUUCUCAGCAAAAAAAAGAAAGAAAAGAAAAAGAAAGCUGGGGGAAAGUCGUUGGAGGACGUGAAGUCUAGUCUUCUAGAAAGAAAUGAACGGGUCCUUGAAAAACCACAGUGGAGGGAUCUACUUCCUUUCAAGCUGGGAAUCUGGUUUUAUCUCACAGUCAGAUCGCUGCCUCAGCUGUUUCAGGACAUCAAGCAGUUUUAUGCGGAGUACAAUGAUAAGAAAAUGAAAGAAAAAGAGGAGGCUGAAGCCCAAGCAGAGCUGGAAUCCCUAUUAAAAGAGAAGAAACCGAAAGUGAAAAAGGCAAAAUCUGAAUUUCCUGUGUAUUCUUCAAUUGAAUCUAAUUGGGGUGCAUACGUCCCUACUUAUGAUCAAGGCGUUAGCAUUGAGGAAAUUGAAGAACAAGUGGAUGACUGGUUGGAAAAUCAGAAUCGAACACUAAAAAAAAAAGCACCUGAAUGGAACGAGGAGGACCUCAGCCUGCUGACGAGGAGCAUGGUGAAGUUCCCAGGGGGCACCCCUAGUCGAUGGGAGAAGAUUGCAAACGAAUUGGGUCGAUCCGUGGCAGAUGUAACAACAAAAGCAAAACAGGCAAAGGAUUUUGUUUCCCAUGCUACAGGUACCGUUAGAUUAUCUGACUUGAAGUGUACUGCGAAGACAAGUGUGAUAUUACCUGACAGCAUAAUCACUCAGCGGGAUGAAGAUGAGCCUGAUUAUGAGGACAUCUCCGCUAGUCAGGGCGAGGCCCCCGCGGCAGCAGCACGAGCCCGCAAGAGGAAGACGACAAAAACAAUGGACACAGCCCUUUCAAUAAAAGAAGAGGCAGAGGAGAAGAUGAGGGGCAGGCGGCAAAGAGACUUUGAUACAGAGCAAGAGGUGGAAAUCCUUGGUGACGGUGAGGAUGAGAGCAGGAAAAAGGAGCGUAGUCGCGUUUUAGAAGAACUGUGGACGCAAAACCAGCAGAAGCUCCUGGAACUGGCACUGCAGCAGUAUCCAAAGGGAACAGCGGAACGCUGGGAUAAAAUAGCCAAAUGUGUGCCUGGAAAAUCUAAGGAAGACUGUGUAUGCAGGUAUAAGAUGCUAGUGGAGCUGGUGCAAAAGAGGAAGCAGGCCAAAAGCUGAGGAUGGACAGCAGAGGCGGUAGAAGCGUGAGCAGUAUUGGACCUCAGUAUUCUUUUCAACAGUCAUGUGCCUUAGAAUUAAAUACAUGUAUUAAAACUGCCAUCAUCAUGUGCUUAAUAAUUAAAAAACAAAUAUUUUUAUACCAAA